AGCUGCGCUCAGCUGAUGACAAUAAAGGAGGGAAAAACAACGACGCGUAUUUAUAUUUUCGUUCUUGGCAUUUUAUUGAAAGAAAAUUAAAAUUCGCCACAAUGGGUGGCGGCGAUCUGAACUUGAAAAAAUCAUGGCAUCCGCACACAAUGAAGAAUCAAGAGCGUGUCUGGAAGGCGGAGCAGGCGAAGCAGGAGGAGCAGCGGAAGCUGGACGACCUCCGCAAAGAAAUCAAUGAGGAACGUGAUCGCGAGGAGUUGAGACGCCUGGGCGAAAACUCAGGCGUCCUAUCCAGCAACAACGGCGGCGAAGCGAAACUCGAAUGGAUGUAUAAAAACAAUACGGAACUUAUCAAUCGCGAGGAAUAUUUGCUGGGUCGCAAGAUCGACAAAUCUUUUGAGCAGCUGGAAGCGGAGGAGCGGCGUCAAGAGCAGAGUACAUUGGGCUUAAAACAAUCCAUCAAUCAUGUGGAGCACGAGUGUGUGCCCUUCUCCAUACGGGAGUAUCGUAAUUUACAGUCCACCGAGCAAGUGGAUAUGCAGCGCAAGACUAUGGAAGAUCCCUUGAUGCUCAUCAAGCAACGGGAAAUGGAAUCGAGGCGUAAACUUUUAGAGAAUCCCGUCAAACUCAAGGAAAUCCAUCGCAUUUUGAAGACAGAGCGUGAAGCGGCUGCCAAGCGCGAAAAGAAGCCGAAGAAGAGUAAGAAAUCCAAGAAAAAGAAACACAAGCGAAGCAGCAGUGACGACGACAGCGAUAGCGAUGAUGAUCUGGACAAGAAACUGGCACGACAAAUGAAAAAGCUGAAGGGCGAAGGUACAAAUGAAGAUUUCAAGCUGGACAAGCUGCUGGAUGCCAAGUAUCGCACACUAACCAAGCAGCUGGACAUGGCCACAAAGCAAAAAAAGCACAAGAACAAGAAAAAGUCAAAGAAACGUAGCGACAGCAGCUCAGAAAGCGAAAGCGAGGAAGAGACUUCCAAGUCCAAGGAGCAGCGAAGCAGGCGCGCUAGAAGCGAGAGUAGCGGAAAGGAGCGUGGUAAGCGAAGGGAAAGGCGAGAAAGAAGCAAUAGCAGUGGGAAAGAAAGGGUUAAGAACUCUAAAGAACAGAGGGAAAGGCGAGAGAGCAGCAGGAGUGGAAGACGCGACAGGAGCAGAAGUGUUGACCAGCGAGGAAGACGCGAUAGAAGCAGAAGUAUAGAAGAGAGAUCAAGCCGCAGAGAAAGAGAGCGAGGAAAUGAUAGAAGGCAGCCAGAGCAAAGCUAUAAUCGUCGCAGUCCAAGACGGGAGCAACGUCAAAGGAGUCGGAGUCCACGACGGGAGGAACAAAAGCGCCAAAGGAGUCGCAGUCCAAAGCGAGAGCAGCAAACGCGACAAAGGAGUAAAAGUCCUCGGCAACAGCGUCAAAAAAGUCGCAGUCCUCGAAGAGACACACGUCGCAGAAGUCGCAGUCCACGUCGAGAUCAACAAACAACUCAGCGAAGAAACAGCCGAGAGCGUCAACGACGCAGUCCAACACCUGAAAAAAGAAGAGCACCAAGUCCAGCUCCUGUUGCCACAAGGCAACCUGCCAAGACCAAACCGAAGCUAAGCGACAGCGAGCGUGAAGCACGUCUCAGAGAGAUGAUGGACAAUGCCACAUGGAGGGAAGCGGAUCGCACGAAAGUGGUGCAGAAACAUCGCGAGGAAUAUGCCCGCGAGGAGGCGCAACAUCAGUCACGCGACUUUGACCAGCAGUUCAUCAACAAGGAGGUAAAGAAGGCCAUCGACAAUCAGACCUCGAUUGGCAAUCGCAUACGCUCCAAUCUCAACAACAUUCAACGCAAUUCAUCAGCCAUGGAUGCGAACUUUGCGCGCAAGUAACAACUGCAACAGCUUCCUGCCGAAUGAGGGAGUGGAAGAUCCUUGCUCAAUCAAAGCAACAACAACAACAACAAGAAACGACGGGAAUACACUUGCAAAUUGCAUUCAACUCGCGUAUUACAAAUUUAAACUAAGCCUACAAUAAUAAAUUAUAACGACGCCAGCUCGUUAUAUAAUCUGUACAAAAAGAAGUUAAAAA